UCCUAGCAACUCCGGGCAGAUUUUUUUCCCAACCACUAGCCGGGCUCUUCUGCUUCCUGUAACAGCCCGGGCCGACAGCAGCGUGGCUGUUGGUGGACGGAGGUGGCGAGGCGUUUGGAGCGGCUGGCUCAGCAUGCGGUGCGCGGGCCCAGCCGCGAUGGUGGCCUUUUAUGCCGGGCUUUGGGUGUCUAACCUGGGGCCGGUGCUGGGCCAGGAGGCCGGGGCCGACUGUGAAGUAUGUAAAGAAUUCCUGAACCGAUUCUAUAACUCCCUGAUAGCCAGAGGAGUCAACUUUUCCCUGGACACCAUAGAAAAGGAAUUGGUCAGCUUUUGCUUGGAUGUCAAAGGAAAAGAAAACCGCCUGUGCUAUUAUCUGGGAGCGACGAAAGAUGCAGCCACAAAGAUCCUAAGUGAGGUCGCUCGCCCAAUGAGCGUGCAUAUGCCUGCAACAAAGAUUUGUGAGAAGCUUAAGAAGAUGGACAGCCAGAUCUGUGAGCUGAAAUAUGAAAAGCAGCUGGACCUGGCAUCAGUGGACCUCUCAAAGAUGAGAGUAGCGGAGCUGAAACAGAUACUGCGCAGCUGGGGCGAGGAGUGCAGAGCCUGUGCGGAAAAAAACGACUACGUGGAUCUGAUCACAGAACUGGCCCCCAAGUAUGCAGCGGCGCCCCCCAAAUCAGAGCUCUGACCCUCGGGCGCCGCCGACGCGCCCUUGAUGGGAGACACAGUGACUCUCCAGGAUAGGGACUUGUGGGUUAGGAGUAACCGGGAGCUGUGCUGUAGGUGGUCUCAUACUUUUCGUUUUGCUAAUACAACCAAUCAAGACUUGCUUACAGGGGUUGUAAUUAAAAUGUAAUGUCAGUGGCAUCUUACAUUUGCAGUGUGCGAAAACCUGAAAGUGCCUUUCUCAUAAUGUUUGGGAGGAUUGUAUGUAUGUCAUCGUCCGUUUCCUUAAAAUUGGGAAACGCGAACGACUGAAAAAUGGAUGAAGUUGAGUCCAAGAAGGAAGACAGUGCCCAGACAUCCCCCCUCUGUGCACUAAUUUUUAAUUAAAUAUAUUGGUUUAGGGUAAAAGAACAAUGUUUGGUUUACCUAACUCCCACCUUCAACCCUAAGCAAUAACACGGCAUAAUCAAAAGGUUUUAAAGAGGAAACUGUGUAUUUUCAACUGCACAUCAGUCUACAUUCUGGCUCUGUUUGGUAUCAGAUGUGGGAGGGCAGGAGGCACUACUUGAAAUGAGGGUUUCCCAAAAGAAUACCUAUUUAAACCUACCGAAAGAAAAUAGAUGGAGAAUCCAAGCAAGUAUAGCCAACGUUUCAGCAAACCGUAUCAACGCUCAGGCUGUUGAUUGAACCAAGCUCAAGGUGUUUUCUACUCCUUUCUACCAUGUGUUAGCCAAGCUUUUGCCAGAGGGCUAAAGCCUGGGAAAAGGGCCUGUAGGCAACAUAGAGCUCUGUGGUUCGUUAUCAGCUGUCAAUUGUAAAAUCGUUCUUGGCUCUAUUUUCUGGCCACUAAGAGCAAGAACCCCAGCGUACAGAGGCUGACCCCUGCGUGGAAGGUGGAGGCAGGGAAGGCCUGCACAGCAGCUCAAGGGAACUUUCUGGGGUGACGGGAAUGUCGUAUAUCUUGACUGGGGUGGUGGUGACAUGGAUGAAUAUGACUGUGAAACUCAUCCAGUAGUAUAGUUAAGAUCUGGACAUUUUAUUGUAUAUAAAUUUUAUCU